AUGUCGACACCUACCACAGAAUGGGAGAGAUCCCAACUAGCAUACCCAACCGACCUCCAACGUCCGCCUGCCUUGGACACCUCAGGACGGCCAUACACCGGCGGAAACGCCAAUGAUCGAUUUCCUUCCGAGAGCACGGCCGGAACAUAUGGGUCGAGCGUCUACUCGCCCUCACGGGCGAGGGAGGAGGCCCACCGACCCUUCGACGAUCUGGAGCUCAUGAAAGCCGAGCGAGUGGCUUCCAAGAGCUCCAGAGACAUAUACCGAGCCAGCAGCAAAAGAGACAGGGAUUUUGCCGCGAGGCCAGACACUACAUCGGACGUAUUGGAAGAGGAGACGAAUCCAGUGCAUAAAACUGGGAAACCAUGGAAACCUCCGACACAGCCGGCCACAAAAUUUGCGAAACUCUUCAAGAAGGUUCACGAAUCAUCGUGGGUGGUACGGUACUUUACGUACAUUGUGCCGGUGGCGUUGGUGUUGCUCAUCCCACUUCUAGUGACAGCAAUUCGGUAUCCCGAUCAUACCACCGGAGGGGUAUACACCAAAUGGUUUAUGAUUUGGCUGGAAGUUGUCUGGUUGAGCUUAUGGGCUGGAAGAAUCGUCUCCAAACUUAUCCCAUAUCCCGUGGGGAUUUUCGCCAGUGCGGUCACCAACGGCAGUAAGAAGUGGCGAGACAUGGCCCACAUGCUAGAAGUCCCAACGACGCUGUUCUUUUGGUGGCUCUCCAUCUAUAUCUCCUUCCUGCCAAUAAUGAAACACAACCACGCGGACGGAAACACCGAUACCCAGUACUGGGAGAAGAAUGCAAAUAUUGUAUUGUUGUGUCUGUUCAUCGCCACCACCUUGAACCUGGCCGAGAAGAUCAUCAUUCAGCUCAUUGCCAUCUCCUUCCACAUGAGGACCUAUGCCGACCGUAUCGAGCUCAACAAGUUUCAAAUCAGCAGUUUGGCAAAGCUGUACAAGCAUGCUAAGCAAAUGGAGAGAGACUUUGGAGAGAUGAACGAGAAGGUUGCUCAACGUAACGGGGCUGUGACGCCAAAGGUUGCGUUGCUGCAGGCCAGACAGGGUGCCCAGCGUGCGUUCUUGCAGAUCGGAGACGUAGUGGGAAAGAUUGCGGGUGAUUUUACUGGCAAGGAGGUCAACUCCAGCACCUCGCCUCAACAAGUGGUUCUCACUCUGCUUCAAACGACAGAAGGAAGCAAUGUGCUCGCUCGCCGGCUUUACCGCUCGUAUGUUAAUCAAGACGAGGAAAACGUGCACGCAGAAGAUCUGUUAGGCGCAUUCACCGAUGAUGAAGAAGGCGAAGCCGCAUUCUCAAUGUUUGACCGCGAUCUGAACGGCGAUAUUUCUUGUGAAGAGAUGGAACUCGCAUGCGUCGAAAUCGGUAGGGAACGAAAAGCCAUCGCGGCAAGCUUGAAGGAUUUGGAUAGCGUUGUCGGCAAGUUCGAUGACUGCCUGACAUUCAUCGUUGCGAUCAUUGUCAUUCUGGUCUUCCUCUCUUUGAUCUCGAAAUCGACGGCUGGAGUACUCACUUCCGCGUCAAGUUCAAUCCUAGCUCUUUCUUGGCUUUUCUCGGGAACGGCGCAGGAAUUCCUUGCGUCCCUCAUCUUUGUCUUCGUUAAACACCCGUUUGAUGUCGGUGAUCGAGUUGAUAUCUACAACACCGGAGCCGGCACGAUUGACACUUUCUACGUCCGAGAAAUCGCCCUGAUGUACACCGAGUUCAAGAAGCUGGAAGGAGCCAUCGUCCAAGCUCCCAACUCACUCCUCAACACUCUGUUCAUCCUCAACAUGCGCCGAACCGGUGGACUAGCCGAAGCCAUACCCAUCGUGUGCAAAUUCGGCACGACACUUGCCCAAAUCGACGAGCUCCGCGAACGACUUUUGGAGUUCGUAAAAUCCGACAAACGCGAAUACCAAGGCAAGAUCAUCACGGAGCUUAGGGACAUCCCGGACAUGCACAGCGUCAAGCUCAACGUGGUAUUCUUCUACAAGAGCAACUGGCAAAACGAACUCGUACGUCUGCAGCGGAGGAACAAGUUCAUGUGCACCCUCAUGUGCAACAUCCAGGAGCUCGGCAUCGAAUCGCCGAAUAUGAGAUGGCCUGGACAGAAGCAGAGCGCCCCGAUGUACCUCAGCAAUGCUCUCCCCGAGCAGUUCGCGUCUCCUAUCCCCAACCCCUCGAUCCCCCCGCCUACUUUCGCCGGCCCCUCCGCGCCAGUCGAUGACUUCCCCAAUGCUUCCGACAGCUUCUUCGGGGCACGUAGAGGCUCAGCGACAACACUUGAGCGUGGCGGCUCCAUUCGGGGCCGCAAAGUCGACUUUUCGCUUGGUGUGAAGGACAUGGUAGCCAUGGACGAUAGUGGUGACGUUUGGGACGACCGACCCAGACGGGGACUAGUUCCAUCGAGCAGUCUCCGCCGUGUGAUCGAGGAAGAGGAAGCAGAAAUAGCAAAGACCACCAGCAGGAGAAUGAGCUCGCCGCCUAUGCCAAUGCCUGUGAUGCCGGUUCCACCGCCGCCGGUGACGGUGACGCAGAGUACGCCGAGGGAGGAGGUUGAGAUGAAGAUGAUUUAA